CAAUUAUUGUUUUGGGCCCACCCACAUAUUGCCCAUCCCUGUUCUUGCGACUCUGCAACUUCGAGUGUGAUAGACAGUGCGAGACUGUGAGUAUUAGUUGCCCAUUUGCCCUGAUCACUACUCUCCCUCCCCACCUUCUUCAUCCGUCUCUUCUCUUCCCCCAUACACAGUCUCAACCUCUACAAGUCUACUUCUCAGUCGCUCGCCAAAAGACGGUCAUUUUCUCGUGCUAAGGGUUGGUACCCACCUGAGGAAGGCUUUUCUGCAAGUGCCAAAAGUUACCAUUGCAUAACCAGAAGGAUUAGCAAAUCAGUGGGAAACACUCUUGAAGACGCAUUGUUGAUGCUGCUGAAGUUUCAGUGAAAAUGAGUUCACCAGACUGUGAGAAAUUGAUUUCCACGAUGGAUCGGAGCUUACCUAUUGCGGAACUGAUCAAACUCAUUGAGCAUUCUUUUCAUGGGUGCGAGUUUAAUGAGAUUGAGAAUAUAUUGAUAGAUUGGGAGGAAAAUAUGAAAGUUGAGAUGGAGAACCUUGUAAGAGAUCGUGAUUCGAUCAAAGAAGAGGUUCGCCUCUUAGAAAGAACCCAGGACUUGGCGGUGCUACAAAAGAUGAAACUGGAGGAGAAGUUGCAAAGGAGUCGGAUGAAAUGUGAGGAGUUGAAUGAGACAAUUACGAGGUUGAUGGAGCAGCAAAGGGUGUAUAUUGAUAGAGGAAAUCGAGCCGCCGAGCGGUGUGAGAAGAUUAACGAGGAGAAUAUCAAGAUUUCAAAGGAGAAGAAUAAGUUAAUUUUGGACUUAAAUGAGAAAAUUAACGAGUUGAAGAAUAAAAACUUGGAAAGUGAGAGGUUGGUGGCAAUGUGUGAGCAUAAGAUUAAAUUUUUUGAUGCAAGACUUGUAAAAUUGGCUCAGGAAAUUGAGUGUUUUAGGACGGAGAAAUUGACUGCCGAUCAGACUAUGAAGGACUUGAGGCAAAGGCUUUUGGAGGCUGAUCAGGUCGCUGAGGACUUGAAGCGACAAAAUAUUGAGCUCACUCAGACAGUGGAUGACUUGAGGCUCAAAAAAUUGGAGUCUGAAAGCAGACUCGAGAAUUUGACCCCAAGAAUAAAGAAGGUGGAGGAGGCACUAGCUCAUAUGUUGAGUGUGAAAGUUGAAGAUCUUGUUACUUUUUUAGAUGGCAUUGAGGGGGUUGCUGCUAAAGAUGAACGAGGAAAUGGGGAUUUUCCAAAUUCUGAGGGGGUAAAGGAUGAUCUGGAAAAUGACAGUUCACAAGAUGAAGGGGAUGAUGAUGCCGUAAACAUGGGUGUCCGGGCGCGGUCCACUUGUAAUUCUACUGGAAGUGGAUGCAUUGGAUUGUCAAAGAGAGGUAGUUGCAGAAAACAGGUUCAAUCUUGUCGGGUAAAAGAGGAUGGCUCAAAUACAGUUCAGACUUCUCCAGGUUCACAAUAUGGUUAUAAUUCUCCUCCAACAGAAAGUAGUGGUGACGACCACGAAAAUGAACGCGAAGGGCUAAGGCGUUCAGGUCCACAUGCUGGUUUCAUGUGCCCCAGUGUUGAAGCGCCUGUCAGAGGGGAGUUAGGGGGAACAGGGUCUCCUAGUAAAAUGGCAUGUUCAUCUUCUGCUGCUGGGAAUAUCAUUGUGCUAUGUGACAGUGAUGACGAGAACCCCCCCGAUGAAACAGCCUGUACUCCAGAUAGAGGUGCGAAUGUGGGUGAAAAUGAGAUGACCUUUGAUAAAUUUGUUCGGACUCCAUCUUCUAGCCAGAGAAAUCAGCGGAACAGAACAGAUUUCUCAGAGGAUUCUCUCGUGAAUUUGUCUAGAAAGAGGAAAAGAAGCAUAGCCAGAAGUGACAAGGUUAAUAUACCCAUUAAUCAGAAGAAAAAUCAAAUUCUCGAACCAACUAAUGAUGGAAUUGGACCGCUUGAAAAUAACUUCCUGGUGAAGCCUACUCCGUCACCCAUCAGUCAUUCAGUGUCCAGAAGCCAUGAAGAAAAAUCUGGGUUAGUAUGUGAUUCUCAAACUCCCUUGCAGAAGUUUAAUGCCUUAAAAGAUGGGGAUACUACAGAUUCAGAAGAUGAAUCGUGCUCAGACUCCUGUAUGGAUGAACUUAUUGCAACCCUUGAAAGUGAAAAGCUCAGUAGAAAAUGGAUGUUUAAAGCUGACAUGCUGCAGGCCUUCCAGGAUGAUGUGGAAUUGUGCAUGAAUGCCGUGUGUGCUCUUUACCGACAGCAAUUUUUCACGGGAAAAUCCACCCAUGGUUCAUCCAAGUAUGGAGUAUUCAGCCACAUUGAUUCGAUAAGUGGGCGUGUGUUGGCUGAGUACCUGAUUGAUGGUGAUCCAGAGCUCAGGCUCAAAAAAUCAGUCUCUGAUGUUAAAGAAGGACGCCCAGACGUUCUCAGCAAAUGUAGAAAGCUUGCUAAUAUUUACCAUGAGAAGCUAUUCGAGAUAUAUUGCGACAGAAAGGAUCCUUUCUUUGGCGAAACUUAACCAUGACUUCAUCUAGUUUUCUGUACAUCUAAGGUACGUGUAACGUAGUUUGGCCUUGUUUCUGGAUUCGCUCGACAGUCGCAUUUAAGUGUAUAGCUAAAGUUGUUUGGCCUUGUUUCUGGAUUCGCUCGACAGUCGCAUUCAGCAGUGUAUAGCUAACAGGUAGCUAUUAAGCGUUUGCUGCCUAAAGAGAGUUUUCUAGUAUUGGGUGUUUUUGGUGUUCCCUUAUUAGGUAUUUGAUCAUGUGAAUGACACUCUUAUGCUCACUCCAGAUUCAAUGUAAUGUUCACUGAAGUAGUCAUUGAAGAAACAAAGAAGAGAAACAUGUUUGAAGAGUGGUUGAAAGGGAAUAGCCGAGAGAGAAUCUUAAUAUAAAUAUAAAUCA